AUGAACUAUGAAGAUUGGAAUAACUUGCGAUCCCCUUUCAGGGGAGGGGCUAAAGGAAGUAAAGUCAUAGUAACCACACGUAAUCAAGGAGUGGCAUUAAUAAUGCAACCAUCUGUUAACUACCACCACUCUCUUGAGCCUUUAUCAGACGAUGACUGCUGGUCAAUAUUUGUACAACAUGCAUUUGAAAACAGAGACAUGCAAAAACAUCCCCAUUUAAAAUCAAUAGGCAAGGAGAUUGUGGAAAAGUGUCGUGGUUUGCCGUUAGCAGCAAAGGUGCUUGGUGGUCUCUUACGCUCCAAACAGCGAGACGAUGAAUGGGAGCAUAUAUUGAAUAGCAAAAUUUGGACCUUACCAGAUACUGAAUGUGGCAUCAUUCCUGCAUUACGGUUGAGUUAUCAUCAUCUUCCAGCGCAACUAAAAAGAUGCUUUGUUUAUUGCGCAACAUUUCCUCAAGACUACGAAUUUAGGGAAACUGAGCUAGUUUUCUUAUGGAUGGCAGAGGGAUUAAUUCAACCAUUGGAAGGAAAUAAGCAAAUGGAAGAUUUAGGUGCUGAGUACUUUCGUGAAUUGGUGUCAAGGUCAUUUUUCCAACAGUCUGGAAAUGGUGGAUCACAAUUCCUCAUGCACGACCUCAUUAGUGAUCUUGCUCAAUCAGUUGCUGGAGAACUAUGUUUCAAUUUGGAGGAUAAGUUGAAGCAUGAUAAGAACCAUACCAUUUUACAAGACACUCGCCAUGUGUCGUACAAUCAUUGCUAUUAG